GUUCCACUGUCCACAUAUUUAAUUCACGCGUGUCGGAUGGUGGGAAUGCAGUUGAGGCUGGUGCGUCUGGGCAUGGUGCUCCUAUGCUUAUUUGCUGUCGUAACGGUUUCGCAUGAGCAUGGGCACGCACACACACACACGCACGGCGAUGCUAACCCUGCGAGUAAGUAUUCACGUGAAGCGAAUGAGGGGGUGGAUAGCGUACACGCACACGCGCAUAGUGAUGAACCUGACGAGAGCGAUGAUAUGGAGGUAGAAGCUCCUGCUGGAGGGUGUGGUUGCGGAGGCCACGCACACGCACACGACGACCAGGAGAGCGAAGUAGACACGGACGCGCACUCGCAUGAGGAACAUGAUCAUAGCCAUGGGCACGGGCAUGCACAUGGCGAAGCAAAUCCAGCUGGCAAAUACUCGAG